AUGCUCUACGGCAAAGUCAAGAGUCUCAGCAGGGGAUGCAGCUGCGAGCCAAUGAUUUGGAGAAGCAGCUCAGUGAGGCCAACCAGCGAAUCGUUGAGCAUUGCAAAGCAGAACUUGCGGCAUCGAAUUAGCUUGAGGGACUUGCACACAAGCUGGUGUGUAGCUGCUCUUGCGGAGGAAGAGAUGCGGUUGGGCGCAGCUCAACAAGAGACCAUCAAGGCUUGCUCAGAGGCACUCGCGGCAAAUGCUGCGGCUGUAUCUUCUGAAGGCCGGCAUGGAAAGAGACGCAAGGCUGCUUAUUCAGCAACGCAGGAAAGUGUGCUCAAACUGAAAGCAGAACUGAUGAGUGGUGAGUACUCCUCUCAACGUCUGGUUGAACUGACCUGUGAAGCUCUGUUGCGAGUGCACUGUCAGCGGGCCAAGGCGGCGGAUGAUCUAGGUGGUUUCAGACUUGAAGAAUUGGCCAAGCAGCUGCACGCAGCAGAGAGGGCUCUCCUACGUUCCCACAAGACAAAGCCUGUCAUGCCACUCCUCAGUUCAGUGGCUGUGGUUUGCCUCGUCGCGUCUGGUGGGGCACGACGGAGCCGGGCACGCCUUGAGGAGCUGCACAAGGGUGUCAAGGCCGUGAGCCAACAGCUCGCUGACUUGCAUGAAACUCAGUGCUCCGGAUGUCUGCGUACAGAAAACCCAUUGUACUCAGUGCAAAGGCUCGAUAACCUCCUCGGCAACGACGGUCUCAUCACUGGACUUUGGUGUGUUUGCGAAGAAAGCGUGGAGGAUUGGCCGCGCUUUUCUCGAAAGGUAGCGGUGAGCUACCUGAGUUCCCCCUUGCGUAGCAAGUAUUAG